CGCGAAUAACACCCCCUCAUAUACAAUCGAAAAAUACUAAAAUACAAAACCCUGUUUGAAACUUCACUGCGGGCAGUUUUUCAGUUGGAUAUCAAAAGAAAUAUAGUCGGUAUUCGAAUAACGGAAUAGUUUUACAAAACUUCAAAAGAACUUUUAUCAUCGCAUUCAGUGCUGCUUUUAAGUGAUCGUCGCUCAGUGCUUUUUUUGUUUUUACGUUAGUCGCGAAAUUUUAGAGUUUACAAAACUGAAAAACAAGAAAGUGUGGGGAAGUUGACGUGCUUAAAGCGUUUAGUGAAGUGACUCCGUGCGAUGCCCUGCAAUGUGGAGUUAUGUAAUGGCUGCCGCCAGAGGUGACUCUCGUCGUCGCCCGGGCUCUGUCUUCACGGUGCAACAACAAUCUUCAAAUUGCGCCCCCGGACCGUGCAGGGACGGACUAAAUUCCACCUCUUACACGAGACCACAACCCUCCGGAAGAGAUGGACUUACUUCGGUAUUGUCUAGAACACCGUACCCAAGGGAAGAUUUCAACUAUAGCAACUACGCGGGUAGACACCCUCUCGGAUCGGCUAUUUCCAGAGAUGGCUCUAAGGAUCCUCUCUCGGAAGUUCGAGUGCAAACCCCCAUUUCUGAUGCUACAACUACUUCGCCGGCACACGAGGAUAAUGGUCCACCGGCAAGACUACUCACAGCAAUGCGAGGUAGGCUGAGACAAGUAGCCGCUUCGUUACAAGCUGCUGUCCGAUUUCGUAGGUUUUCUCGAAGGGAAGCACGACCUCCUGACUGGUUCGUCGAUAAAAGCAAUCAGGACGAUACUGCGGAAAACAAGGAAUCGCCGGCCCCAUCGUGUUGGGGACACAAAAUUGUUGUAAACCCAUCCUCCCCAACACAUUAUAAGUGGCUUAUGGUAGUGUCAUUGGCUGUGCUCUACAACGUGAUCUUUGUUCUUGGACGCGCCGUGUUCUGGGAAUUGAACAACACAUCCCCGCCGUUGUGGUGGACCUUGGAUUACCUCUGUGAUGCGAUUUACAUUUUAGAUACCUUAAUAAGGGCGCACGAAG